AAAAAUGAGCUUAACUUAUAGUUUGUAGCUUAUACUUAAUAUCUUGGUUGCUCUUUGCAUUUUUGCUUGCAUAAAGAUAAAUAGCCCCAAAGGUGUCAUUUUGUUCUGGUACUGUGUUUCACUGAUGACUGAUGAAAAUGACAAUUCCCCCACUCCGGGUGUGUGAUCAUGUCAGAUUAUGGCAAGCUUGGGAAAAUGUAUAAUGCAAAUACACCUGUAUCCUUUAGUCACAAACAUAUGAUAAGUGUGAUGUUUACAGAACAUGUACUUUAUUACAUCGGCAAUGAACAAGAUGCAAGCAGAUUUACAGCUGUUGGGAAGUGACUGUGAGAAGACUCCAGCUGAGGAUUUAUUAGUGUUAUGAUAAUCAUCUUUAAAAAGCCACAGAGCUUUGACUUCUGAGCUAGACGCACUCUACCUGAUUCAGAAUGAUCAGCAUACUCUUCUGUCUCCUCUUCCUUAGGGCCACUCUUGCCUUUGGGUCUCUGGAUCACUGGCCUGAGAAUAAUGAGACUGUGAGUCCAAGCCAGUCAUGCACCUGUGAGGCCUUGCUACCUGAUGCCAUAUUCCCCAUGGGAGAGCUAGAGCUUCUGGAGAAGUCCUCAGUGCAGAUCAGUCACAAGUUAGAGCUGGAAAUCAGCAAGAUUGAGAUGUUUGAGAUCAGACUCACGAUUUAUGUGGAGAAGAUUAUGAACCUCACAGUGUUGACUGGGAUCAUGGAGAAUGACCCUGACUCUUACACCGAGGUCCAGAUACAGGAGGUGAAGAUUCAGAUCAAGCAGAUAGAAGCUCUUAUUGUGGAGCUUCAGGCAUCCAUUGAGAUUUCUUCUACAGUGCUUGUCAGCAUUCGCAAAGAGCUCACUGCCAUGAUUGUUAUCCUGACUCAACUGGAGACUACCUAUGACAAGAACCUGGUACUGUUGACACGCAGAGAAUACAUCAAGCUUCAGCAGAAACUGGAAGAAUGCGAAAGUCGCUACAAUGAGAUCUUUAAUCCCAACAUCGGUUCUUGUGACCAUGGUUUCAUAUCGAGACUCAGUAAACCCAUGAUUAGCCACCUGAAUGCACAUCUGAAUGCAGGUCACAGAUAUGGUGGAUGGGGCAAAGAUUCAAACCCAUUGCCUGGCUAUAAAAAUAUGUACUGGUACUCAGGUUCUUCUAGUACUCUGGUUAGCCAAGUUAAUGUUUAUGCAGACUAUUACAGGUUAAUCAUGAGGCAGCCAAUGAAAACCCAUGAGCUUUAUACCAGUCGUGACUGGAGAGGUCUAGGUAAUAACUACAUCGUGCGUGGUAACACUAUGUACUAUCAGUUCAGACAACCUUUCAGCAUGGGUAAAUACAACAUGACCAGUCAGACUGCAGAGUAUAGGGUGGUGCCAAAGGCCAGUACUAGAUUCUCCUACUUUUAUUCAUCAAGCCAAAACCUAGACUUCGCAGCUGAUGAGAAUGGAUUGUGGGUGACGUAUGCUACAGAAGAAUCGAAUGGCAAACUGAUGCUGGGUAAGAUAGAUGAGGCAGCAUUUGCUUUAAAGGAAGUUUAUGAGAUGAAUAUCUACAAACCAUCGAUAGGCAACACCUUCAUGGUUUGUGGAGUCCUUUAUGCUACCAGAUCUGUAGAUACUAAGACAGAGGAGAUCUUUUACACUUAUAACACACACACAAGGCAGGAGAGCUAUCUUAGCAUUCCUUUUGAAAAGUUCCAGGAAAUGUAUGUUUACCUUGAUUAUAACCCCAUCGACCAGAAACUUUACAUGUACAAUGAUGGAUAUUAUGUCAGCUAUCAUGUUUGGUUCAGUCAGAAUAAGAAAAAGGCACAGCUCCUGAUUUGAAAAAUGCUUUGAUUUGUAUACAGCUGAAAAUAUAUUUGCCUUUUUUUUUUGGCGCAACACUAAAAUGUCCUGCAUUGCAUUUCAGUCUAUUAAUAAAAUCUUAUGAGCAGUAUUCUUGAAUGAAUGUUGUCAUUAUACUCUUUAGUCCACAAUGCACAAUACCAUUCAUUAAUAAAUUCUUGGAUUUUUUUCA